CUCUCAACCUCAAUUGGACAUAACUCGUCAACCUUCUUAUCAAGCAUUCGCCAACCCAUUCCCACAUAUCAACAAUACGAGAACAUUGAAGAUUAUUCCACAUCACUACCUACCUAGUCAAACUAUAUAUCCCUCGCAAGCAAACAAUAAAUAGACAGACAGCCCUGCUGCUCGCUUUACCCACAAAUCAACAUCACCUACCUAGGUACUCACUAGGUCUCCCCGCCAACUUACCUCGAACUUGCACAACUUGAAGUCACAACCACACCACAUAACCAUGGACCGCGACCAAAACACGACCGAGGAUCUUUUCGACCUCGAAAACCGCCUCACCGCCUCCCUCCUCCGCACCUUCCAAUCCCUCCUCCACCACGGCGCCUCCAGCGUUAAUGGGACUGCGUCCGUGGGGCAAGCCGCCUACAACGCCAUGGCGACCGACAUCCUCAUGAACGGCAUGGUGCAAUCGGUCGAGGAGCUUUUAUCGCUUACCCGCAAGAUGCGAGAACUAUGGGUGGUGGGACCGCUUCGCAAGCCGGGAGAGGGGGAUGAGGAGGUGGAGAGGGAGAUGAGGGGGUGUUGGGAGGAAAUAAAGGAAAAUGUGGGGGGGUGGAGGAGGGGACAGAAGAGGGGGAUGCUGCUGGGGGAGGGGGGAACGGGGGAGUAUAAGGAGGGGGAGGUGGGAGCGCCGCCUGGUGUGGUGCAACUACAGCAACAGCAGCAGUUUGGGCAAGGUGGGCAAGGUGGGGGGUUGCCGCAGUCGGGAAGCGCGACGCCGAAUUUGGGGGUGAGGAAUUUGACGGCAGCUGGGGGAGGAGCAGGAGGACCGGGAGGACCGGGAGGAGGACUGGGAGGAAGUGGUGGCAUGGUGGCUUAGAAGGUUGUUGCUGCGCUGGGAUCGGAUUUCCUACUACGAGUACGAGUGAGGGUCGAGAAAGAAGAAGAAGAAAAUGGCGUCAUUGGUUCAGGUGGGAAUGAUGAUGAUGAAAGUGGUAGCGAAACGCUUGUUGAUGAUGAAAGUGGUAGCGAAACGCUUGUUGAUGAUGAAAGUGGUAGUGAAACCCUUGAUGAUGGCGAUGGUGAUGAUGAAAGUGAUGGUGAAACUGGUGAUGGAAGUGGUGAUGAAAGUGGUGAUGAUGAUGGUGAAGAAGAAGAAGAAGAAG